AUGGAUUCGGAUGCUACAGAGAGAUUUGUUCCCGAGUACCGUCGUACUAACUUCAAGAACAAGUCACGUUUCCAGAGUGAUGAGUUGAGAAGACGUAGGGAGACGCACCAGGUUGACUUGCGGAAGCAAAAGAGGGAGGAGGUCUUGGCCAAGAGAAGAAACUUCCAGCAUGACACGAACGACUCGGAGGAGGAGGAGGAGUUCAAUUUGGCGGUGAACAACGAUGAAAAUCAGUUUUACCAGAGAUUGAGACAGGAUUUGCCCAAGAUGCUCGAGAUGAUCCAGGCGCCCGACUUCGAUUCCCAGUUGGCGGCCACCGUCAAGUUUAGACAAAUAUUGAGUAGAGAACACAACCCGCCCAUUGAUUUGGUGAUUGAAUCGGGGGUGAUCCCGACUUUGGUUGAGUUUAUGAAGGAUGACCACCCGGACAUGUUGCAGUUGGAAGCGGCGUGGGCCUUGACCAAUAUUGCCUCGGGCAGCUCGCAGCAGACUAGAGAUGUGGUUGAGGCGAACGCCGUGCCCCUUUUUGUGCAGUUGUUGUACUCGCAGAGUCUCGAGGUCAAGGAGCAGGCCAUCUGGGCCUUGGGCAACGUUGCUGGUGACUCUGCCGAGAACCGUGACUAUGUCUUGAGUUGUGGCGCCAUGGAGCCCGUGUUGCAGUUGUUCAAUUGCACCAAGAUGUCCUUGAUUAGAACCGCGACUUGGACAUUGUCGAAUUUGUGCAGAGGCAAGUCGCCUCAACCGGAUUGGAACAUUGUGUCGCAGGCCAUCCCCACCUUGUCCAAAUUGAUUUAUUCGGUGGACUCGGAAACUUUGGUGGAUGCGUGCUGGGCGGUGUCCUAUUUAUCCGAUGGCACUUCAGAAGCUAUCCAAGCCGUUGUCGACGCGAGAAUACCUCACCGUUUGGUUGAAUUGUUGGGGCACGAGUCUACUUUGGUGCAAACCCCGUCGUUAAGAGCUAUUGGUAAUAUUGUCACAGGGUCGGACUACCAGACCCAGAUUGUGAUCAAUGCUGGCGUGUUGCCAGCGUUGGCUCCGUUGUUGAACUCGCCGAAGGAAACCAUCCGUAAAGAGGCUUGCUGGACCAUUUCAAAUAUAACUGCAGGAACUUCAGAACAGAUCCAGGCGGUUAUAGAUGCAAACUUAAUACCCCAAGUUAUAAGAUUAUUGGGCGAUGGCGACUACAAGACAAAGAAGGAGGCUUGCUGGGCAAUUUCAAACGCCUCUCUGGGUGGGUUAACCAAACCAGACCAGAUUCGUUACUUGGUGAGCCAGGGAUGUAUCAAACCUUUGUGUGACUUGUUGUCUGUUGCCGACUCAAAGAUUAUUGAAGUGACGCUAGAUUCUCUUGAAAACAUCUUGAAGAUGGGCGAAAUGGACAAAGAAGCAAGAAACACCCAGGUCAACGAAAAUGCGCUUUAUAUCGAAGAGGCGGGUGGUAUGGAAAAGAUAUUUGAAUGUCAAAACAACGCUAAUGAGAAGAUUUACCAAAAGGCAUACAAUAUCAUUGAAAAGUAUUUCAGCGAUGAGGACGACGAAAAUCUUGAUGACGAAAACCUCAUGCCGGAAGCCUAUAGCAAUACUUUUGGCUUUGGUAUGGAUAAUCAAGAACAACAACAACAACAGAAUUUCCAGUUUUGA